CACUGCCUUCUCUCAUUACAUACAUACACAUAAAGAGAAAGGGAGGGAGAGAGACCGAAGGAAUCAACGAGAGAAAAUGGUUUCUCAAGUGAUGGAUUCAAUGAGAGAAAAGGCAGAAAUUUAUGUCGGAGAAACAGAGUGCCAAAAGAGAGCUAUCCAGCUCCUUGACGAGUUCAAUAUCCCGAGAGGACUCCUCCCUCUCGACAACAUAGUCGAGAUCGGGUUAGUCCCAUCUGAAGGCUUCAUUUGGCUCCGGCAGAAGAAGAAGAAGGACCAUUACUUUGAGCAAAUUGGUCGGAGUGUUUCAUUUGCUGCAGAAGUCACGGCAUUCAUUGAGCCUCGUCGGAUGAGGAAGGUGACUGGAGUGAAGGCAAAGGAGCUCCUUCUCUGGAUUGGGGUCUCCGAGAUGUUGGUGGAUAACUCAAAUUCUGGGAACAUCCAAUUUAAAACACAUACUGGGAUUUCCCGAUCAUUUCCUGUUUCAGCAUUUGUAAUCUAACAAGGAGGGUGACAAGAAGUGAAAUGAAAUCAUGAAGGCUUUAAUUUGUGACGAUUUUUCAAUCACGGGUUUUGCUUUCUUUAUUUUUUAUUCUAAUCUACUAUGUAUACGUUUCUUUCUUUGGCAAUAAGUGAAAUGAAUAUUUAUGAUUCACAUAAAGCUGUUACUCGAUUG